UGAAAAGUUAGUACAGAGUCAAUUAAGAGCACGUCAUCAGCGGCAAAUAAGACCCGUUAUUUAGCUACAAGCUGAAGGUUUUUCUUACUUUUACGCCUCGUGUUCACAACAAGAUUUAAUUUUCCCAUCGUCAUUAGGACAAUGGCGAACCUUACUGGAGAUGGUAGACUGAACCAAGCACUCAGCUCAUUACCAGCGGGUAUGCCUGAAUUUUUAUCAGCUUUGAACUUUUUUCUAUCUAUCACCGCAUCUCUGGGCAAUGUUCUGAUACUUAUCGCUCUUCAUAAAGUCUCUUCCAUUCAUCCUCCGACGAAACUUUUCUUUCGAUGUCUCGCACUCUCUGAUCUUGGAGUUGAUCUAAUCGCACAACCACUACAUGCAAUUAAAAUUAUGUCUCCCUUGAUAAAGAUGAACUUUUAUUAUGUUUUCUAUGUGCGCCAAGUACGUCGCAUUUCAAGCUGGUGUUUAGGCGGAGUAUCUAUCUUGACGUCGACCGCAAUUAGUGUGGACAGACUUCUCGCCAUGUUGUUGGGACUGAGAUACAGACAUGUCGUAACAUUGAGGCGAGCUCGUGUAGUUAUAACUUACAUUUGGUUAAUUACUGCGUCCCAUGGAUCGAUCGGGACGUGGAGAAUAGAUAUCGCCAUCACGUUAGCCUCUGUCGUCCUGAUAUUUUCGCUGGUUACUUCGAUUUUCUGUUACGCGAGGAUCCAUCUCAAACUACGACAUCAACAAGCCCAAGUUCAAAACCAUGUCGUACAAGAACAAGCGAACGUAGGAGGGAUUCCACUGAACAUAGCAAGAUACAAAAAGACAGUUUCUAGCAUUUUGUGGGUGCAGAUGGCAUUGGUUGUUUGCUAUGUUCCGUGGGGUAUUGUGGUUGUGUUAUAUGCAAUUGGAAUAGAAUAUGACACGGCUUUGAUAGCCACAGAGACUCUGGUCUAUUUAAACUCAACUCUUAAUCCGAUCCUGUAUUGUUGGAAGAUCAGAGAGGUCAAGGAAGCAGUGAGAGACACAAUCAGACAGCUUGACUGUUUUUUUGUUUUUUUUUUUGGAAUAAAUAGCUGUACAGAAAAUAUAAAGUUACAAAGUAAGACGGCUCAGUGUAGAAAUACCGUAAUAAAAAGGAUUUAG